AUCAACUUGGGGAGUCCCCCCUUUGCCAGGGCCGCCUCAGUGCCUAGUCCGACAUUCGUUAACCACCUGUACUGCUGCGUACCGCCACACCGCCCCGCUGCUCAUGUGGCUGGCCCUUCCGUCAUCCACUCCGUAGGCUGCCUUAUCCUUCUCUUCUCCAUCCACGACGAACGACGAGACCCGAGAGAGACUAGGGCCUUCGAUCGCAUAUUGAAACCCACCCAGCCGACUGCUUUUAGACACCUCUAUCCUUCGUAUCGCCUUCCUCCACCCGGUCGCUUCUUCCCCUGACCACUGGCCAUGGCCUCCCGACCUGCAGCAGGCGCCCGCCCCGGGGCGAAAUUCGCUCAGUUCAAGCUUGUGUUGCUUGGAGAAUCCGCUGUCGGAAAGAGUUCGUUGGUGUUGAGAUUUGUUAAGGACCAAUUCGAUGACUACCGGGAGUCGACAAUCGGCGCCGCCUUUUUGACGCAAACUAUCUCCCUCGACGAGAGCACCACGGUCAAGUUUGAAAUCUGGGAUACUGCCGGUCAAGAAAGAUACAAGUCGUUGGCUCCGAUGUACUAUCGGAAUGCCAACUGCGCUGUCGUGGUCUAUGACAUCACUCAAGCCUCAUCGUUGGAUAAGGCCAAGUCCUGGGUGAAGGAACUUCAGCGUCAAGCGAAUGAGAACAUUGUGAUCGCCCUGGCUGGCAACAAGCUGGAUCUUGUCACCGAAAGCCCAGAUAAGCGUGCCAUUCAGACCGCCGAUGCCGAGGCCUACGCUCGUGAGGCCGGCCUUCUCUUUUUUGAAACCUCUGCCAAGUCCUCGACGAACGUGCGGGAAUUGUUCACGGCCAUCGCAAAGAAGCUACCUCUCGACCAGGCCGGCCCCCGGAACCUGCGGACAACCCCACGACCCGGAGUUGACCUGCGACCCGAGGCCCCCGGCACCCAAGGUGCUGGUGCGUGCAACUGUUAAAGCCCUCGAGAGCGAUAUACAUCCCUUCGCAGUUAGCUUUUGCGAUUCCCUUCUGCCUGUCCCUGGUGCCAAGGCCGUCUCGUUCAAAUUCACGAUCGCGGUAUCGGGAUCACCUACCUUAUGGCCCUUCCCUCACCACCUCUUUUCGAUAUGAGAGGCAAACUCUCAGUCCCUUUUCCUCUUGCCCGUCUCAGUUAUCUUCUGGUUAAUUGAUCUAUUGCUCACUCUGCUUUGAGGAGGACUCCGCUAAGUCUGGCGCCGAUUGAAGAAUUUCGACUACUUUCACGGACGCACCUGGAAGUUGGUUUUAGACAUUCUGGGGCAGGAUUCACUUCUACCUACUUCUGCUUCCCUUGUACUUCUGGUACCUUUUUACCCGGCGUCUUGCAUCUACUCUUUUCCUUUGUCUAUUGGGCUGAGUUACUCAUGUCACUAUUUCCCGUUAUCCUCUUCUUUCCCCCAGACCCCUUCUUAGUAUGUUAUGCCCAGAUAAUACAUUUCUUCAGACUGUACCUAUUCAAAGA